UCCUCCUCCUCUCCCCUCUUCCUCUACCCUCUCUCUCUCUCGCCCUCCUCCUCCUCCUCCUCUCUAGGCUCCAGUGCAGCGGAUCUUGGCCACCUGCCUGACAACAUCACUGUGUUGGAAGGAGAGAGCGUCGUCCUCAGCUGUAAGAUCGACGAGGGGGUGACCCACAAGGCGUGGUUGAACCGCUCCAACAUCCUGUUCACGGGGCUCGACAAGUGGUCGCUGGACAAGCGCGUGUCGCUGGUCAACAGCAACAGCAGCCACUUCUCCAUCCAGAUCGACCAGGUGCACGUGGCCGACGAAGGGCCCUACACCUGCUCCUUCCAGGCCAACAACAAGCCCCGCUCGACCCAUGUAUACCUCAUAGUACAAGUGCCGGCGCGAAUCGUCAACGUUUCCCGAGACGUGUCGGUGAACGAGGGCGACAACGUCAACCUGUUCUGCUUGGCGGUGGGACGCCCCGAGCCCACCGUCACCUGGAAGGACCAGAAGUUCGGCCUCGUGAGCGAGGGGGAGUUCCUGGACAUCACCGAGAUCCGGCGGCAACAAGGCGAGGACUUUGAGUGCAUCACCAACAACGGCGUCGCCCCGCCCGCCCGGCACAAGGUCAAGGUCACCGUCAACUACGCCCCCUCCAUCACGGAGGUGAAGAACACCCCGGCCCAGCUGGGCAAGAUGACGGUGCUGCGGUGCGAGGCCAUGGCCGUACCCUCCGCUGCCUUCGAGUGGUACCGCGAUGAGCGCAGGCCGGUGGAGGGCGACAAUACCCUGAGCAUUAAGAACGACAAGACGCGCUCACUGCUCAUCUUCAACAACGUGACAGAGAAACACUUCGGGAACUACACCUGCCUUGCCUACAACCGUCUGGGGGCCAGCAACGCUAGCAUGCUGCUAUUCAGGCCCGGGGCGGUCUACGGUCGAGGGACGGUCCACCAUGUUGGUGGGUUCAGUGUUGGGGUUGCCGCGGUGAUCACCUUCUCCAUCUCGCUGCUCAGCAUAUAAACAACCAUGCCGUGCUCACCCUUACCACCCCCCCCCCCCCUCCCACCUCCUCCUCCUCCUCCUCCUCCUCAGCCUAUACCUGCCCCCCCCCCCCGCCCCCCUUACCUUAAUCCUGCCCCUCCUCCCCUUAUUCCUGGCCCUAAACCCCCCCCCCCGCCCCAACCUCUUCUGCCGAAUCUCAAACCCUCACCCCAACCUCACCUCCUACUCACCUUUCCCCACUCCCCCCCCCCCCCCCUAACUCCACCACUCACCCUUACCCAACCUCCUCACCAAGCCCCCUCCCUCCUCCCAGUGUGAAGACGUCGAGGUGAGAGGAAGGAGGUGGAGGACGAAGAGGAGUUGUGAACCCGUCACUGUGAACUAAGAGAAUAUAAGAAUAUGCAUUAAUCCAGGAGCCAUCGAAACAUCGCUACACAAACUAUGAACCUUGACACCCACCUGGCCAUUGUGUCACCCGGCCCUCGUCUCACCUGGUCUGGUCUCACCUGGUCUGGUCUCACCUGGUCUGGCCUCACCUGGUCCGGCCUCACCUGGUCUGGCCUAACGCCAGAUCAGCUGCACCAACUGUCUCUCUCUCUCUUUCUCUCUCACUUUAUACUUUUUGUCUGUGUCUUAUUUUGGCUUUUUGCUCUCUCUCUCUCUCUCUCUCUCUCUCUCUCUCUCUCUCUCUCUCUCUCUCUCUCUCUCUCUCUCUCUCUCUCUCUCUCUCUCUCUCUCUCUCUCUCUCUCGUUUUUCCACGCGUGUCAUAGUUGUCGAUGUGUGUAAAUUAAUGAUGAUUAUUGUGUUGUUGAUCAAUGAGAUAAAAGAUAUUCUAACACCCACGGUCCAUAUGUUAUGUAAUAUAAUAAUAAGAGAUGAUGACCUGAUGUACACUAACUGACUUCCAUGCUCUGCCUUAUGGAAAUGAUUCUUAAAGUGGGCGUGGCCUCCUCUGAUCACAUCAGGUCAUGUGACCUCUCGAAAGCUGUCCCAUGGCCUGCCAGGCCCACGCACACACACACAUACACACACACACACACACACACACACACACACACACACACACACACACACACACACAUUCAUAUACAUGUAUGCACACUAACACAUACACAUACAUGCACACAAACACACACACCACCAACCGAAACAAACAAACCAACACACACCCACACACACAUACAUGAACACACACACAUACAUGCACACACACACACGUGCACAUACACACACACCUCAUGAAUCUGGCUAUAGGCCGGUGCGGUACCACGCUGCUGCCAAUGAUGUCAAAAUGUACCGAGAAGGGGGAAGUCAGCACCCUGUCAGAGUGGGGGGGGGUCGCAUGCGUGGGGGACCCCCAUCACCACCACCACCACCACCACCCCCUCCCCUCCCCUUGCCUCGCCCCCUCCUCUCCCUCAUUGCUCGUGGUCCCUGUUCCCCUCCAAUGUAAAUAUGCACAGUUCACACAAACUACAUUACCCAUAAGUCUCUGCUGCCCCCACCCCACCCCCCUGUGUGGCUUGUUGAUAGCAUGUACUGGUUAGAGAUGUCGUGACCCCCCCCCCCCCCCAAAACCAACCCCUCACCCCACCUCACCCCACCUCUGUGUCUGUUUGUUCUCUGCAAGAUUAACUGCUUCUUCUUCGUUGGUGUGAAUAAUAUUGAUAAUAAUACUACCAUGACUACAAGGACAGUGAUGAUGAUGAUGAAGAGGAUGAUGAUGAUGAUGAUGAUGAUGAUGAUGAUGAUGAUGAGGAUGAUGAUGAUGUGUGUCCAUGAAGUAUUAUAAAUGAGUAACUAUGAAGAGUUCAUCUGUGAUCGUAACACGCUUUGUGAGGCAGGACAAUAGCUGAAAUUUUUUGUACUUUUUGCUGCGGAGGCUGUGUUCUGACGUGUGUGUGUGUGUGUGUGUGUGUGUGUUCAAAGUGAUGUGUAUCGCUCUUCCUCUAACCACACACUCCUCACGCUUCCACAGACUCAACUCUUCUUCUUUUUUUUUUUCAAACACACCAGGAACCAUCACUGAAGGUGUACCGUAUGAUUUGUAACGUUUACUGUGUUUGACUUUCCCGGGAGCGCUUGUUUCGUGCUCAUGUCGUUGGUCGCUUCCGACAAAAAAUUACCACGUCCAGCGUCCGCCGUCUGUCGAUCGCAAAAAAGGCGAGCAAACACCUGGGGUUGCCCCCCACGACCAGCGGCAGACGAACUCAGACCCCGACCGUGAUGCGACCCCCCCAACCCAUUCCCCUCGCAUAGUGACACUGGCGUCCUCGGGGUCGUUGGUCCCGACCCCUGAUUGACCCCUCCGACGGGGACGGGGGACGGGGGUGUUCAGACGACUGGACGUGUACCUGUGUGGGAUUUUAUUUUCUAAAGCAGCAAUAACUCCUGACUUUGCCAUGCUGGGACCCUGCUGUGAUGUCUGUACUCUGAGAGCUCCCUUUCUAUUGGCUGCCCGGGCGGCCAAUCACAGCGCGCUUGUGCACGUAUCACCUCGCUUCAUAGAUAAGGAUGGAUCCAAAUACUCCAAGCACAAGAGACAUCCCUGCUCUCCCCCUCUCUCUCGCUCUCUCUCUCUCUCUCUCUCUCUAUCUCUCUCUCGCUCUCUCUCGCUUUCUCUCAGUGUGUUAAUGUGUAUGUACAUAAUCUGUCCCUGCUGUCCGUUCUCCUGUCGCACGUCAAUGUUAUGGUGGAUUUUAAAGAAAAGAAACAAAAACGUAA